GCUGGUGGACGAGAAGGACGUGCGAUGUUCAAGGGACGAGAAGCCGGAGCGGAAGCCUGCUCGAGGAGAAGGCCGAAAUUAGGUCCGGGUGAGCCUUAUUUCGGUUGGCCGAAAUCACCCAGGCGACCGGAGCAAUGGAAGAGCUAGAAUGGAGCUAUGGAGCUGCUAGAGGCGCCUUCAACAGGAGUUGAAGGCGCCUCUGCGACCUUCAGGCAGAAGUCGCCUUCAAUGGCUGAAGGCGCCUUCAACCGGUCAUGGCUAUGGAAGGCGCCUUUGACUAGGCAAUCUGGUCGUUGGCGGAAAGGAUAAAGUUUUAUCCUUUGCCUCGCUGGAGGUGCCUUCCAACCCUAUGGAAGGCGCCUUCAUCCUGAGGAUAAGUUUUUCCAAGGGCUAUAAAAAGACCCCUGGACCUAAGAAAGAAACAACAACUUCUGUAUUAAUUUCUUAGCAAUAGUCUUAGCUAUUAACGAGUGUAAAAGGCUUCUCUGUCUUCAGUGAAGGAGAUUCUUAAGAGUUGUCAUUUGUCUUGGAUUAACGACCAGCUAGGUUGUAACUAAGUAAAUUCUGAUGUCUUUUACUGUUUUAUUUAAAAUUGCCAUUUCUGUUUAAUUUUAUUUGUUAUUACUGCUAACCUAAGUUGAAAAAACGAGAAGGUAUUCUUUUAAGUGCUUCUGGCAACUCAACCCUCUCCAACCGGCUGACCCGAACCAACGAGUGGUAUCAGAGCCUAACAGUUUUAGGAGGAUUAACCGCCGAACGAAGCACACGAGAUGGCCGAUUCAAGCAUCCACCCACCAAAGUUCGAUGGGGACUUCGUCAACUGGAAAAAGAAGAUGGAGGUAUUUUUCAAGUCUGAUUUCGGUUUAUUUCUAAUAAUGGAGUUUGGUUUUGUAGCACCCGAAGGUAAAGAUAAAUACCACUGGACGAAAAAGGAGCAAGCUGAUUUCGUGGCAAACAGGAAAGAAGAGUUCCAUCUGCUAAGCAUUCUACCGCCACAAGAAGUCAACCGGAUCGGAGUCUACGAAUCUGCGAAGGAGCUCUGGGAGAAAUUCCUGGAACUACAUGAAGGAACCUCGGAGGCGAAACUCGCAAGACGGGAUCUGCGCAGAAACCAUAUCAGCAACAUCAAACUGGAACAAGGCGAAACAGUUGCACACCUUCAUUCAAGGAUCAAGGAGCUCAUCACUGGACUCACGAAUCUCGGAGAAAAGAUCCGAAGGAGCUGAAGCACAAUAUUGCCCUUAAGGUAAAGAUGGACGAACAAACUUCAGAAUCCUCUCUCGACGAUGAUGAAAUGGUAAUGAUGGUAAGACGUUUUAAAAAGUUACUUAAAUCAAUAAAAACUAACCAUUGGUAGAAAGAAAAGGACAAUCAAAUGCUACCACUGCAACGAAGAAGGGCACGUUAAAGACAACUGCCCUAAGUUAAGGAACAAGGACAAAGGAAAGAAGCCUGCCCAAACGA